UCACUUGUAUUCAUUAGCUAUUUUCUUAUCUUUCUAAAAAUAAAGACAUCAAUCAUAAAUCUCUACCAAUCGAUUUGUUAUCGUUAAGAAAAUACCGCGUCGACGUAAUUAUAAUCUUUUUCAGUCGAAUGUAAUAGUUGACAGUAAUGUAAGCUGGCUCGGCCCACAGUUUACAAACAUACAACUUUUGUACACAUUGUUCACAGAGAUUCCUGUUCGGAACGGUCCUACCUCAGUGUUAUAGGAGUACCUCGCUUAGGGUGUAAGAAAUGCGCAGCUUUUUCUAGAACUGAAGAUGAUCUAAUUUGGGGUAGAAGAUGCAUCCAACACAAUUUUGCGAUACACACAAAAUUCUUCUGCACGUCCGACUCCAGUAUGUACGAACCAGUAGUUCAGCUGGCAUACUCCAAACAGAUCAUUAUCUAUACUGACUUCAUCCACAUACUCGAGAUAGACUUCGUAGAACCUGACCCAGAGAAAGCUGAAAGGGACGCGGAAGACUCGAAGAACUUUUUAGAGAGGGUCAGGGACAGGGAGGAGGUCAAUUCUAUUGAUGCGAAUCCCGACACCCCGGCGUCAGACGUCUCCGCACCAUUUCAAUCUCCAAAAUAUCAGAACAACGUUGUUCAGAAUAUCUUAGCAGAUUUUUCAGACUUCGAGAUGGAGCCGUUCCAAAUGUCGAAACCUGUCCGGUUGCCUGACGUUAUGGGACAAGAACUAUGUAUUCAGGCCUCCUCCAUCUCUCACCACAACUUGGUAGAGGAAUGGGAGGGACCUUCGCCAUCCAUCAGGACAUUGAUCAGCCCUCCCUUACGGUCUCCGAGGCGACGACCGGCUGAAAGCAUGUCACGGUUUAACGAAACGCAUAGAACAAUAGCGGAGAAAGCCUACGAAUUCGUAGAGGAAGCAGAAACUAAAUGUGAGAAACUCAGUAUGUUUAGGAAACGAAGGUUAGCUGACAAGAAGUACGAGUUCUCCGAGGACAACAACGAAAACAUUGUCCCGUUCAGGGUGUUAAGGAGUAACAGGAAAUAUUUUAUAGGUUCGACGAGUAAAAAUCAGGUAAAGCGAGGCAAGUCUCCGACUGGGGAGAACGUGGUGCUGAGAGCUCAUAAUCAGAUCAGUAGAGCGCCCUCGCCGACUACUAGCUCGGAGAUAAAGAACCCUGACCUGUCCACGCUGGAGUCGGACCACAACAGUGAGUCCGAGUACCGGGUGACGGAGAUGUUGGACGAUGGCUCUCUAAAAACUGUCGCUGUGCACGAUAACACUUCGAAAACUCUCUCAGAUUGUCCUGUUAAUGAACAAGACCCGUAUCUCGUGCACUCUGGGAACUCGAAGUGCAGUAAAUUCUUCACGCGUUACUUCGUGGAGAGCGAUGAUGAUAUAACUUCUAUCAUCACAGACUCAGAAGAUGACUGCAUCUCAGGCUACCACGUAGCUUUGCCUCUAUCAGCUCACGGAGCGGGCUACGUAGGACUGCAGGGGAUUAGUUCGGGGGCCUGGGACCGACUGUGUGGGGCCGGACCGCCAUUACUACCCCUGACUCUGCGAGCCCACCAACGGUCCUUAGACACAGAGUUACUAUGCAACGAAGUAUGUGGUCGGCUCUGCAAUAUAAAUAAGAAGAAGUUUAUAUACUGCUUCGACUGGGGCUGCCAUGUUAUCGAUGUUUGUCAGUCCAGCGGCUGCUUGUCCGGGUUGUGCGCGAUGUGGCUGUGGGCGAGUGACGACAACGGCGCCACGGCGGAGUGCGAGGCCUGCAAGGACGUCAGCGCGGGCUGCCUCGUGCACCGCCAACAGUACGCUGCAGAGUGUUUGUUCGUGUGGGACCUUGUCAGCGGGGUGUACAGGACUGAGAGAGUUUCCAUGACAGAAGACUCCAGCCAGGAGGGAACCAGAGUUUCAGGCGCAGAUCGCGCUCGGGAGCUAGCCAAGAAGCUAGGGCCGAUCAACAUGCCGCCGGGCAAUGAAAAUAGGUUGCUAACUACCUUGACAGAUAUAUGCAUUGUUACAGGGCGGUCGCUCAAAAGACUGACCGAUGUGGACAACUGCAUCGAAAUAACAAAGAAUCAUCCUGACAGCUCGGAAUCUGAGUCAUCAGCCGAGGAAGACAGUGACUACGACUGAUUAUAUUCUAGAAACAUCUAUAAUGCAUAAUUAUAACCUCUAAAGUGAAUUUUAUGAGGUUCAUGGACUAGUGUGUUAUGGACACGGAGAAGUAACUAGGUGGAAUGCUAACAUAAGGCAAUAUGUUUUGGUGUAUGUACCUGUACUGCUAUAAUUAUCUAUGUCAUUCUUAAACCAUUGUGUAGCUGUCAUAGUUAAGAAAAAUACUGAUGUUUUGAUGUGACCGAAUCACAAAUUGUCGUUAUUCCAUUUGUUCUACAUGUUUAAAAACUUUGUACUAUAUCUUUUGUCGUCGUUCGAGGUACAGUUUUUGCAUGAAGGGUUAGCACUCCAAUGUUUAUAUUCUCCGUGGUUAUUUGUCACAAAAUGUAAACAACGAAUGGAAGUUGAAUACGUAUUGUAUAAAUGUUUAUCUCCUUAGGAGCUCAAGAGAUAGUUCUUUAGUAGUGGAUCAACUUUAUGUAUUUGUGUUCAUUACUGUAAAUUGCCGGAUUUGUCUAUGAACAAAAUAUUUUGUUCUUUGUCUAUGUUCCAUAUUUGUCUUUUACGAAUAAGGCUUGGAACUUAGCAAAAUAUUACUGUGAAAUGUGUUUAAGUAAACAAUGAUUUUUGAAAGAAUAAUAAUGUACCCAUAUGAUAAUUUGAUAUGAUGUGUAGUCUCUGAUUUAAGCCGUAAUUUCAAAUUAUCCUUUUCCAAGUAGCUUGGAAUUUUAGUAAUUGUAGGCGCCCGAUUUUUAUCAUAGUAACAUUUACCUCUUUUUACCCGACUCUAGGAAUAUUGGGUAUUGUUUUUUAAUAUUAUCCGUAUAUUAUACCCACUCAAUUUUAAAGUUUCUACCAUUUGGUAUCUUUUGUAAAUAGAUUUCUGACAAAGAUAUUUGAUACUAAUAGAAUCAGUGUUGUAAAAGAAUCCGUUUCUAUAUUUUCAUAUGGAAUUCUACUUGUACUUUGUAACAGCAUACUGUAAUACAAAUAGAAACGUCUUGUUAAAAUAUUGUCGUUGUUCAAAUUCUAAUUUCAUAAUGAGGUGAUAGAAAUGUUAGCACAUGAUGUUUUCUUCAAAAAAAAUUACCAUUUUGGACGAAGUAAUUAUUCUUCUGGAUUAAUAAGGGAUUAUUGUAUUUCUGAAGAACUUAUAAUCAGAUGAUAUCUAUAUUGUUAUCUGAUGACACAGUAUAUGUUUUUAAUAUUUUUUUUGUGGUAGUUUUUCGAAGAAACACCCUCUUAAAUAGUAUCAAUGGAGCAUCUCUAUCUUUUUAUAACUUGUGGUCGGUUGUGAAGCGUUGUAUCGCGUACUUAACAAUUUAUAUCCCACUGUUUGUUUACUUAAAGUCUGUGUGAAAAGCCGUAUAGCAUAAGUAAACUGCAAAUAUUAUCAACAUUCUGUAUCUGUAAUACUUUAUUAUUUAUUUUGAAUAGAUGAUGACUGGUGUGAAUGUCAUUUUAUGUGUAGUUUUUCGUAGUGUACAUAUUACAACUAGGUACUACGGAAGGAUCGUUGAUACGUCUUUUUGCGACGCAUUUUCUUACAUUUUAAAGAAUUGUCUUCGCAUCCGGCCUUUAGACUAGCAACGAAAUGAAUCGUCGGAUACUCAAAUGGCUGACUGCCGCAUGAUAUUUCAUUGUACAUAAUUAUAGUCUUAUGGAUUAAUUUAUGUGAACUGUUUCUAGUAGAAGUUUCCACUAUCAAUGUCCAGUUUUGGUGUCUGUAUAGAAUGUGUUUAGCUCCGCUCGUGAUAUCGGUAUUCCAAGGGUUCUUUGUUUGACUGUGAACCCUGAAAGACUGGGGUUUUGAAACACUCUGAUUCAGUGUAACUAAUAGAAUUAUCAUUAUCGACAUUUCUGUUUCAUGAGUUCUUUGCAAUUCAUUAGCUGAUAAUUAGGAAAAAAUAAUUAGAAAUCUAAGAAUAAAAAUGUGCGUAAUAAGAAUAUGUGUGCACAAAUCUGUACACCCCACUUGUAAGUAUCAAAACCUCAGUCUUUUAUUGAUAAGAUAAAACGUGCGUAUUGAUGUCUAUGUAUUACUUUUUACUGCAUUUAUGUAUGUAUAAAGUUAUCGAUUACAAGUAGUAUGAUAAUCGUCAAUGAUAUUAAUGUGUAAAUGUUUCAACGAAUGACCAUUAUAAAUGGAUUCUAGCACAUGUGAGGUGAAUGGUGUUUGAUAGUAUGAGCUUAGGUGUGGACUUUCUUGUUAGAGUAAGUUGGUGGGGAGUUUGCACACAAAUUCCUACAUAUGUGCUGGAAUUCACUCCUAAAUAUGAACCUAGGCUCAUAAAAGGUUGUGAUUGUUUGAACAUAGGUUUGUAAAGAGAAGUGCCUCUGUGACUUGAUCAAUACCCUCCAACUAUACCACCUCUUUCAACAAAUGUAGCUAUUUAUUUUAUCUGUGACACUGACAGUUUAGUCUUUCCUGUUAGCAGUUCUCUAUGAUUCUGAUCUUGAAGAUUUGUAAAUAUUUUUUUAUUAGUGAUGAGCUGAGAUCUCACGAUACUAGACUUAUGAACUGUGGAGGGUGUACAUACUACGUAAGUUUGGAGCAAAUGUGAAGGCAAUGAGUACUACUAGUGUAUAGAAUCUUAAUCAUAUUUGUUGAGCCGUAUUAUAUUGACCUACGUUGUGGUCGAUUUCACUCUUUGCCAGUUAUAUUAAUGGCGAUAAUUUUAAAAAUGUUUUUAAUGAAUAUGAAGUAGAAUAGAAAAAAGAGAUUAUCCUAUACAGUAAUUAACUCACGUUGCGAUGGGAUCAAAGGUCGAGAUAAUACAUUCAGACGCGAUAUUUAUCAUAAUGGCAAGCAAAAUGUAUCAAAUAUGGUGCCAAAAAAGGAACUUCAAGGUCCAAACGCAACAGAGCGGGAAAUGUAUAAAUUACUGGAUAGGCUCUUUAAAAAUGAAUGUUUAACAUAUUUAUCUCACUAACACGUGAGCAGUUGUGAGCUCUAGUCUUAAGUAUUGAAUGAUUGCACGAGUGUGUAUCCAACCGCUCCAAGCCAGAGGCAUUCUGAACUAAGUAACUAAGCAAUAUGUAUGUAACAAUGGUUGUCUCAGAAUAUUUUUCUCAAAUGUCUUUUAAAGGUUUGAAGAUUGUAUUAAUCAGCUUACAGUAGGUAAGUCAGAUGAUUGCAUUUAAUUUUAU